CGAAAAUUGUAAGCCCGUCAUAUUAACACGGGAUUGCCCUGAAUCCCGAAUUAACCUGUCAUUUGGUGGAGUGAUGCCCUGGAGUGCUAAGCUCCACGAUUGAUUGUCUGUUGGACAUGGUAGGUUUGCCCUCAUUCUGACUGGCGAGAUUUUGUUCGAUCCUUCGGUCAACAGAGCAAGACUUCUGACUUAGCAACGUUGGCAUGACUUUAAGAUCGGAGGACACUGCCUCGUUUCAUUUUAAUGUUCUUUCGAAGAUUUAGCAUUGUCAAGUUACUCGGUAGCGAAUAGUUUUAUCUUCAAACCGGACUUUCAAAUGUUGGUGAUUUAAAUUUCUGGAGGCUAUUUCAUGUUUUAGUGAUUUUCACGUGAAGACAUCUACUUUCAUGACAACAUUCAAUAUAUUCUCACCGUUUCAUCUUGAUGCUGGAGUACAAUAUGGAUAUGAAUGUGAGCUGGAAAUUCGGUCUGAUAUUCAGUUUAAUCAUUCUGACUUCUGAAUUAUACAGUGCUGGUGCAGAGAAUAAUACUUGUAACUGCCAAGAAGGAUACAUGUGCCAUGGAGUUACUCCCUUGUGCUUGUCCGAAGAACAGGUUUGUGAUGGGAAGGUACAAUGCCCCAAUGGCGACGAUGAGUUCUUCUGCAGUGUAGAUUACUCCCGCCCGUGCCGGGGUGAGCCGCGAGUCUGUCCCGCUCAUCCGUCAUCAUGCGUCGACCCGCCAGCCAUUUGUGACGGGUUUCCGGACUGCCCAUCAGGGGACGAUGAGGUUGCUUGCAAUGCAACAUCGUGUCCAUUGGAUUGUGAGUGCCAUUUUCUCUCGGUACGAUGUAAAAAGGUGAUAUGGAAUGCGGUUCAAGCUCAUAUGAUUCCAGAAGAUACGAGAAAGUUAUGGGUUGAGAAGUCUAGUGAACAAGAAAUGAACGAAACUGAAGGAGGGGAUCUGGUCAGCUUGGUCAGUUUGAAUUUCUCUCGACUCAACAACCUGAACAUGCUGAUAAUACGUUCUUUUCCUUUUACGGUGAUAAAGCCUGGCACAUUCGCUGAACUUCGGUUCCUUGUAUUCAUUGACCUGAUGAAAAAUAAGAUAUCUAGACUUCAAGCAGACACAUUUAUAGGUCUGAAACGUUUAAAGGAAAUGUACAUUUUCAUGAAUGGGCUUCAGGCGAUAGAACCCGGGGCAUUCCGAGGUCUCGAAUCACUGAAAAUUAUGAUUCUGAUGUACAAUGAUAUCACACGGCUCAGUCAAGGGAUGUUCGAGGGUCUUAGCAACCUUGAAGACAUGUCGUUCCAGAGUAAUUCUAUUGAAGUGCUGGAGCCGUUAACCUUUAUGCACCUGGCAUCCCUUCAUUACUUAGAUCUUCAGUCGAAUCACAUAUCAUCGUUGCCUAAGGGAGUUUUCAAUGGUCUGGGAAAUUUAGAUUCAUUACAUCUGGGUAUUAACAAGAUCGCAUCCAUUAGGAAUUCAACAUUUAUCAGCUUGACGAAUCUGACUUACCUAGACCUAAGUGGAAACCCUGUAGUCCUGAUUGACGCCCAUGCUUUCAAAGGAUUGUCACGCUUAGAAAUACUGAUAAUAUCCGAGACACAGCUAGUCAACGUAGGCGAAGAUGCUGCUUAUGGAACGGACAACUUACUUGAAUUGACGGCAGAUGACCCCAAACUUUGUUGCCUGUUCAAGCCAUCUGGGGAAUGCAACACGCCACCGAAUCCUUUCGCUACCUGCGAAGGGUUGUUACGCAACACCUUGUUAAGAAUCUGUAUCUGGCUGAUUGGUAUCAGUGCUCUGGUGGGGAAUGUUCUAGUGAUUGCCUGGCGUACCUACAAACGCAAACUAGACCGGAGUGAAAACUCGGUGCAGAUGAGUUUCAUCACCAACUUGGCGGUUGCUGACUUACUUAUGGGCGUGUACAUGGUAUUCAUCGGCAGCGCAGAUGCCUAUUUCGGUGCAGACUACUAUCUGCACUCGGCGUCGUGGCGCAAAAGCUUUGCAUGCAAGUUGGCAGGUUUCGUGGCCAUGGUUUCCAGUGAAGCGUCUGUGUUUCUCCUAGUACUGAUUAGCCUAGAUCGUUUCAUCUGCAUUGUCUUUCCGUUCGGGGUAUUCCGUUUCCGGACCCGCUCUUCUCGGGUUGCCCUAUGCUUGGCAUGGUUCCUUGCUAUUCUCCUUGCCGUCAUUCCAAUCAUCAUUGGGGAUCGCAUCACAGGUUUCUAUGGUUACUCUGAUGUCUGCAUUGGCUUGCCGCUAGUUACCCCGGCAACUGGCUUUCAGGGCGUCUGGGUUGAGUCCGGCAACGGGGAUACCUUUGAACACCAUUUUGUCGCGACCGGGAACUCCGGUUGGGCGUAUUCCACCGCAGUCUUCAUCGGUCUGAACCUGAUGUGUUUUGUAGCAGUCUUUGUGUUCUAUGUGGCCAUUUUUUUCUACGCUCGUAAGGCAGCGGCAUCGUCCGGACGUAAAACGGAGCGGAAGGAUGAAGUCAGGAUGGCCAUGAAAAUGGCAGUGAUCGUUGGGACCGAUUUCCUUUGCUGGAUGCCAGUGAUCAUCAUGGGUAUCUUAUCCCAGAGUGGUUCAGCCGUUAUCCCUGUUGUGACGUACGUCUGGACCAUUGUCUUUGUCCUCCCGAUCAAUUCCUCCCUCAACCCAUACCUCUACACCAUCUCCACCAUGAUCCAGAAGGGCAGGUCCCGGAAACCGAUCACCAGUGGAACGUAUCGCUUCUCCGCCUCGUCGUAUCGCACAAGCCUUUCAGGGAGUACUAGUCCAGCGCAGGAAAGUUUGAAGACCAUGACGCAGGUACAGUGAUCGGCGAUGGAGUUCUGUGAAACCGCAGCCACACCAACAAAUCAGACUACAGUUUGGCCAAUGGUAUUGUUUCAAGCAGUACAUGAUAGCCUUGAUUGGUCUUGAGUUGGUCUUGACGACCAGAAUGUAACAAACAUUUUAAAUUGAACUUUCACAUUAAAGUUGCAUAAAUGGCUCUACCUCUCUUUGGUACAGUACUUUGUGGAUUAGACCUCACUAACAUUUCUCUCAGUGAAUCAAAUGGCUCUAUCAAUCAUAUACGUGUUGGCUAUGUAUCUAUAUUAUACAUACUUCAUUGUAAUUUUAUGCAGGAGAAAGAAUUAGUAAUACAUGUUUAAAUCAUGAAAUGCAUACUUAUCAAUUCAGGACAUGUCAGUUCUUCAAAAUAUUACCAUACUAAGAGUCAUGCAUUCUAGGGAUUCCUUGUCCAUUGUUAAUACAUUGUUAAAGGUCAAGUCCACCUCAGAAAAAUGUUGAUUUGAAUCAA